AUGGCGGAGGGUGGUGGAGACUCGAGCUUCGACACAUGGCUGGUGGACAAGCUAGAUGCUCUGGGUCUCGAUGCCGAGGUGUACGGGGGGUACGUGACUGGCAUCAUGGGAGACGAGGAUAACCCCCAGGAGGAAAGAAUAGAGUCCGUCAUUGAGAUUCUCUCUGGGGCUGCCGAAGAGGACAACGACCUAGGUGAGUUCCGCUCCGCCCUCAACGAGAGGUGGGACAUGAAGGUGGAGCACGAGGAGAAGGAGAAGGAAGCUGCCAAAGCCGCGAAGCAGAAGGAAAUGGACAGCAAGAAAGAGGAGGAGCGAAGACAGGUAGAAGAGGCCGACAAGGCCAGGAGGGCGAAGGCGGACAAGAGAGUGCAGAGGUCGGCGGAGGAGCAGGCGGAGCGCGCCAGGCUCCUGGGCGAGUACGGCUACGACUCCGACCCAGUCGAUGAGGAGGGCAACCCCCUGCCGCCGGAGGAAGGGGGGGACGGGGAAGGAGGGAGUUCGGCUGGAGAUUCUCUGGGGGAGGCGUACGGCAAGAACCUGAACAAGGAGCGGGUCCGAGAGGAAGUAGCCGCCAAGCGAGAGGCCAUCAAGAAGACCCACCACGCCACCGCCCUACAGAACAAGAUAGCGCUGGAAGCGGACAAGAUGAGAAAGGAGAUGGCCAAGAACGCGAGAAAGACUACCAAGGGAGAGCGAAAGCGAUAA